AUGUCUCACAUGAUGCCGUCGCAUUUACGCAACGAACAAUCAACGCUUCCCAUAUCUCCGGCAAGCUCCAACACAAUGGGUUCUACCUUCGACGGCUACCAGCACUCCCCAAUCCAGACUAUGAGCCCGAAUAUGUCAGGACAUCACGUCUCGCACCAAAAGUCGACCAAUGAGUCUUCGCCGUACGCCACCAGCCAAUCCGACCCAAGGGGGGGUACCAGCGAAGCUACGCUCGCCUCUGAAGGAACUCCUAGAAAGAAACGUCGCAGUAGAAAGGGCUUGAGCAAAAGAUUUGAUUGCUUGGCUGAGGGUUGUGGGAAAAGCUACUCAAGAGCUGAGCAUUUGUAA